AGCACAAGACGAACAGAAGUUACGGAAUAUUUUGUUCUUUCGCGAUGUGUUUUUAAUUUUAAAUAUUUUAUCAUUUUAUUCAAUAAAAAAAGUAUAAAUAAUCUCAUCCCACUUGUGAAAACAAUCAAACCAAAAUAUAUAAGUGAAUAAAUCACCGGUUGUGCAUCGAAAAAGAAGGAAAAAAGUGACGCGAAAUAAAAGAAAAGAAAACUUUUUGAGAUUGUGAAAAAAAAUUUCAAAGUGCAAGAUUUCAAGUCGCAAUUUAAUAUUAAAUAAAAAUUCUAUUAAAUAAAUAAAUAGGUAGUGUGUAUUUUAUACAAAUGAGUGAUCUCAUCACCGCCGUCGUCGUUUUUGUUGUUUGCUUCGCGUCGUCGUCUUCGGGGCUUUUAUCAAUUUAUGUGCCCGUCUAAAUUGAUUACACGACUCGACUCCAGUAAAGUGAAAAUAAAGAUAGGAAAUAAAUCAAUUCAAUUUAAUCACAACGCUCAAUGUGCAACAAAUUCAUUUUAGUUUUAGUGCAUUUCGUCGUUGUCUUUUCGAUUAUCGAACCCAAAAGACAAAAUGCUCCGGGAACUAAUUACAUGGGUCCUUAACACAUAUCUGGGCAAAUACCUUGAAGAUUUUAAUCCAGCACAGUUGUCAGUUGCAUUGUUAUCAGGUGAAGUUGAAUUAGAAAAUGUCCCAAUACGAAAAGAUUCCCUCCGGAGCUUUGGCCUUCCAUUACAAGCCAUAAGCGGCAACAUCGGCAAAAUAAAACUACAAAUCCCAGUUCGUCAAUUUCGAACAGCACCAUGGUGCAUCAUAAUCGAAGGUGUCCAUGCGGUUAUCGGUCCAAAAGACCUAAAUGAUUGGGAUGAUGAGAAAGAAAAACAAUCCGAUCUUGAAUAUAAACUAUGUCAACUAGACGACGCCGAAGCCAAAUGGCGAGCAGCGAAAGGUGAUAGCUGUGAGAGUAAUUACUAUGCCUCAUCGUAUUCCAGCUGGUUGAGCUAUGGCACAGGUUUGGCAACGAAUAUCUGUGAAAAUCUCCAGCUAAAAAUAAAUGGAGUUCAUAUUCGUUAUGAAGAUUCGAUAACAAUUCCGGAUUUUAGUUUCGUAACUGGAAUCACAAUUGAAUCCUUAACAGCGCACACAUGUGAUGCAAAUUGGCAGCAGAAUUCCACGACAUCGUGGAAUCAAGAAGUUGCCUUUAAGUUGGUUGAGCUCAAAGCAUUUGCCAUCUAUUGGGAUCGUCUGUUUCCCGAGAACACCUGCCGUGAUAUUCAGUCGAGUGAGUUGAGCAAUUCGAUGGAAAUUGUAUGCUCCACGAGGGAACAUCGAUACAUUAUAAGUCCGAUUAGUGCAAAGGCUCAUUGUCGGCACGAUAGGAGUCCUCUUCCGUUGCGGACACGAAAUCGACCGAGACUAUCGUGUGAAGUGAAUGUGACGGAGGUUAACAUCUGUCUGAGUGAUUUCCAAUACACCCAGAUGGUGGAUUGUGUGCGAGGACUUCAAGCGAUCAGCAAAAUCCGGGCUUACCGGGUCCUUCGUCCAUCGAAUUCAGUGCGAGGACAUACAAAAGAUUGGUGGCUAUACGCAGUGCGUUGCCAUGGAUUCUUCUUUGAGACGACCAACGAGAAAUGGUCAAAAGCCAAAGAGAACAUCCGCUAUAUCAAAAUGUACACCAAAGUCCUGCUGAAUCCCAAUGAGAACUUGUCGCCGGAAGACAAGCAAUUCAAGUUUGACGUAGAGAAGUCUCGUGACCUGGACGAUCUGCGAACUCUGCGGGAAGUUUGUUUCCUUCAGCUAGUGACAAGUGAAUUGGAUUUGAAAGGUCAGGAUUGUAAUCAGGGAAGGAGCAUGCUCUUUCAAUGGUUUCCAAAUUGGUGGGGAUGGUAUGGCAACUCUGGAGCUGCAUCUCCAGCUUCGGAGAACAGCGGUGGUGAAUUACUGCCGUCAAGUGAUUCAUCACACACCCUCGAAGAUGAUAUUUUAAAUGCCCUCGAAGGCUCGGUAGAGAAUAAUUCUCUGCUUAAACGUGAUGCUGUUUUUGGUAAAUUCGACUUCUCCCUCACCGGGGGACAGUUGAAUGUUUGCAGUGAGAAUUUCACAAAUGCCGAAGUCAAACCAAUGAUGGAAAUGAAUUUUGAUAAUUUGAAUUUAAACAUCGAAACGAGGCCGAGGUCAGGAUCCCACUUGAUUGGCUUGUCACUGGGUUCUGUGUGUGUCAAGGAUCUAUUCACACCGAAUACUGAGUUUCCCGAAUUGAUAAAACCCCAAAUGAAGGACGAUCCGCUGGUGCCGCCGGCAUUCAGUCGUUUUCAAAAUGUCAAAGGGAAGAAGGACACAGAAGCGACGACGGAUGACAACAACGAACCAUGGUUCCUGCUGCAAUAUGAGAAGAAACCAUUGGCAUUCAACACCGACUACAGACUGGCUGUGAAAACGAGAUGUCUUGAUGUGGUUUACAAUAUGGAGGCUUUGAAAUGGCUUACGGACUUCUUUACAGGUCCAUUGCAGAAUGCAAACGCACGUCGAAGACUCGAGCGGAUGAAAUACAGCACAAAAAUGAGGCUUAUCAAAAAUUGGAAGAGUAUAAUCGAAGGAGAUUUGGGUCAGCGAAAAUCGUGGUGCCUUGAGAUCGAUGUAUCUGCACCGCAAAUUAUUUUUGUAGAGAACUUCACCAAAAAGAACACGUCAAUUGUUCUCGUAGACUUUGGACGUUUCCAGCUGUCCAAAAAUUCAACCGACAAUCGAAUACGACAGCAAAACUCAUUAAAAUCCGAACAAGCUUCGGCGGGAGUCGAACAAAUCAAUGGUCAGGUCUUCAACUUCGAAAGCGAAGAAGAUGAGGCAUUCAUGACACCUUGCUCGACUCCGCCCGGUUCAGAAAACAGUCCCUCCGAUUCGACUACAUUACUCUCAGCCGUGCCAGAUCUGUCGGACAUUGUAAUAAACAACGAUACAGGUCUGGAAGAUGCUCUUCAUGAUAAAAUCUACGAUAAAUACACGAUUGACAUGACCGAUCUGCAGGUGUUAGUGUGCAAAGGCAAGGAACGUUGGGGCUUCGCUAGUGUUAAAGGUUCUUCGGCGUUGCAUCUGCUCGAUAGAUUUAGUAUAUCGUUGCAGUUGGAACGACGUGUAGUUCAUACUGUUGACCCAGAGUAUCCAUCACUGACUCUCUUUGGAACACUCCCAAAGCUUGUUGCACAUGUGAACGAACAUAAAGUCUCUGCUUUGAUGGAUAUUUUAGCAAUAAUCUCGGCAGAUAGUUCCACGCCGACACCUGAAGCUCAUCCAUCUCCAGCUAAUAUCUCAGAUCAUUCAUCGACUUUCCAUUUGGAUGAUGAUUCAAUUAGUUUGGAUGAAUCAGCAAACACAACAGAACAACAACAACAACAGAUGAAUCUGAUUAUGUUGCAAUUUGUCAUCGAUCAGAUGUCACUCGAGGUGCAAUCGAGAGGUAGGAGUAUUGCAGAGCUACAAGUUUCUGGAGUUCGAGCUGGUCUCAGUAAACGACCAGAAGAUACAAAUAUUUCGCUAUCUGUUCAUGGCUUGUUGUUGGUCGAUGCUAUACAAUCAUUUGGACCUGAUUUUGAGUUGCUUGUCGCAAGUCAUAGACAUGUUGGAAUGGACAGUGUGUCAGGAAGUCUCAAACAAAGUGAACCAUGCUCACCAACGUCACCAGCAUCACCAGAUCCCUUGGACAAUCGAAGGCCAACCAGUCCGCUUACCAUAAGCAAAGCUAUCAGUUCUCUUCAGAGAGCUAACUCAGCGACUUGGUCGACUUUCGGUGAUUUAGAUGCUCUCAUCACAUUGGAAAUAAAUUUUAUAAACUCAACGCCAGAUACAGAGCCAUUGCAAAUAGCAAAUAUUAAUUUUAAUAAUUUAGAUAUAAUUGCCAACCAAGAGACUAUAGUUGAAUUACUUGGAUUUGUGAAUCGAGUUGUUCCAAAUAAAAAGCCAACCAAAUCAUCAACAACUGCUGCUCUCGUUUCACAAACUGGUAGCGCGACGCCAGCGCCAGCAAGACCGACAUCAAUUGAUUUAAAUCGUCGCCAUCAGCUGCAACGUCAAUUUACCGAGACGCGUCUUGGAGGUGGCGGCGCAACAACCAACGCUAUCACAUCAAUUCGCACCGAAAUCACCUUCGAUUUCCAUCGUUUGAAUAUUCUCGUUCUGCGUGCCCUGAAACGAGACUCCUAUCUAGUUGGACGAAAAGUGGGCACAUUCACAAUGAGCGAGGCGAAAAUUCAUGCCACACUCGGUCAAGAGAUAUCGGUUAAUGGUUCACUUGGUGGCUUACAAAUCCUGGAUCUCACUCCAGAAGGAAUAAACCAUCAGCGAAUCUUCUCGGUGGGUAAAGAUCCCCUAACCGAUCCGCCAGACAUGCGACAGGACCUGCUAAACUCUUUGACACAGGAAGUGUAUGGCUAUAGCGGUGGUGGCGGAGGAGGCUAUGGCAUGGGUAAGGAUAAGAUGAUUGACCAAAGGCAGGCACUGUCGUUUAAUGUCUCGCGAGAUGUUACCGCUACUGUGAGUGUUAAAAUUCGAAUGGCUUCGGUAUGGUAUACACAUUGUGCGAGAUUUGUCCAGGAAAUCAGUUGGUGUGCCAAGGAAUUCAAACAUUAUCUUAAGAACUUUGCCCGAUCGAUUCGUGAGAAGGCCACUGAUAUGGCCAUAGGUCUGGUUCAACCUCUGAAUGACCCAGUUGAGAUUUUCAUUGAUACUCCUUUGAACGAAAAACAACCAAGACUAUUUGCCAGUCCACACAAAGUAAAAAAAGGCGGUAAAAAAGUCAAAAUCAAACUCGACAUAAUUCUAGACACUCCAGUACUUGUGGUGCCUCGUUCGAGCUGCAGUGCUCAGGUUCUUGUAGCCCAUUUGGGCAAAAUCACAGUCACAAACAAUCAGGAGGAACUCCGAUCACCACCAACCUACUCCCUGGACAACUAUACCAAUGAAGAUGAUGAAGAAAUUUUCACAAUUGACGAAGUCGACUUCCAACGAAACGAACCACAAAUAGCUAACAAAACAAAUGUUGGUGAAAUUGUUCGACUAUGUGACAAAUAUUCCAUCGAAAUACGUAACAUGAAUUUAUUCUCCUUGGACACAAGUCGACGAAAAGGUUUCCGUUUGUCAGCUUUGCCUCGGGCUGAAGAAUUCUAUUCCUGUGCGACGGAUGCAGUGGCGAUACUUCAUGACACCGUCAUACAAUUGGAGGUGAAGAAGUUUGCAAUUGAAGAUUAUACAAUAACUUCUACCGGUUACUCUCAAGAACAACGAGAUGACGAUGAUCUUUUGAUCGAUGGCAGUGUAACACAACCUCUGCAGAUCUCUCUAUCUCGCAGGCAAUACGAACAACUUCUCGAGACAUUGGAUAACGUUUUCAAGAUACCCAACGAUCUGGUCCGUCCACCGGCUGAGGUGUCUGUGGAUACAAUGCAUUUAGAAUCUGACAAUAAUUCAUCGCCAUUCGAAUUGAAUAAUCGCUUGCCGGAGAAAAUGUUCCACAGCGAAAAACCCGAUAAUCAGCACAAAGAACUCACUCCGAAAAUUUCAUUUUCUCUCCCGAUAUUCAUAAUCCAAUUGAAGAACGAACACGACAACCCCCUUAUUGAGAUAACAUUUCGGGAGUUCAGCGUGCAGUAUGACCAGGCAAGUCAGUACGAGACUGUGGUGCAGGUGAUGUUGCGUUCGAUUCUGAUGGAAGACCUCAAGUGUCCCAUCGAUUCGAAAUAUCGACAAAUGGUUGUGUCGUCAGCUCAGGAGGACAGAACUUGUCGACCAGUAAAUGCUCCCUCGUCGUCGUGUCCUGAUUUGGUGCGGGUGGCAUUGAAUAAUGAUAUGCCGACUGGAUCGUUACCAGAGAAUCUAGAGUCAAGUGCUGGAUUUGAUUGUAAUUCUUCAGCGGCAGCUCCUACGACUACUCUCAAUGCUAUAAACUACCAUCGCAGUCGAUUGCAAGUGAAUGCAGGAGCCGACUGUCCGGGAACACCGCCUCCUUCACCACAAUCGAAAGCACAUGAAGAUAACUUGGUCAUAUAUUCGGCUCUGUUGAUCGAUCCAAAAUGUCCUACUUUGGCGACAAACUAUCAAAACCGCAGACAAACCAGUUCGAUUGAUUUCAAUUGUUUGAAUUUGAUCAUAUCCGUUGAACGAUGGUUUAUGGUUCUGGAUUUCUUUGGUCUUGUCUCGGAUGACGAGGAUGAGAACACACCCAAAGAUGGAGCCGAAGAGCAAAUCGAUGAAGUACAUUCAAAUGGAAAUAGUGAGCUUGAGAUCACAGUGCGUUCGUUGAACUUGGUAUUUGUUCGAAAUGAAUCGGAACUGGCCAAAGCAAAUGUUUCGAAUGCAUUCUUUGUGGUAGCCAAAUAUGACUUGACCAAAACGGUGGAAGGUCGAUUGGGUUCGGUUUCGUUAUAUGAUCUGACAAACUAUGGCAAAAUCUAUCGCGAGAAGUUCCUCACCAGUGGAUCAGAGGCCUUGAAGUUUAUUUAUAAAAGGCAAGAUGAAAAAGGAGAUCAACGAUCUUUGUCGAAAGACGCCACAUUAAAGAUUCAAAUGUCCUCAGUACGAUAUGUUCAUACGAAGCGAUUUGUUAUGGAAAUCCAGGCUUUUAUUAAGGAAUUCCUGCAGCUUCAAACACCUGUUAUGAAAAAAAUCAAACUUUCCGAUCGAGCCCCGAAUGCCCAACAGCGUCCAACCCAGCUUGGGCUUGAAAUCAGUGCUGGUUCACCCAUUGUCCUCCUACCCCUCAGCUUUGAAAGCAAUCGCAUGAUUGUCGCCGAUCUGGGAGAAUUCACUCUCUCGAAUAGUUUCCAUUUGGCGAGUGAAAGUCAUGUGAUAAGUAAAAAAUCGGACCAAGCUUUGAUGGAUGAGAUUCUUGAUGUUAUGCAAAUCCAUCUUGUCAAUACGAACCUUUUCACCGGCGAUCGAGUGUCCAAGUCUCAAGAACUCCAACGCAACGAGAACGAUGCUGAUAUCUGUUUGGAUAUGGGAAGUUUUUGGGCAUUGAAAACUGGAAAUAGUAUAUUCAAGGAGAAGUGCCAUUUGAAGUUGCAAGUCGAGAGGAAUAUGGAUUCGGGGAGUAGUCACAAUUGUCCCGAUGUCAGUGUGCAGGGAACUUUAUCACGUUUGAGUGGGGUUCUAAAUUUACAGCAGUACAAACUUGUGAGGGGAUUUUUGGCGUAUAAUUUGGGGGAGAAUAUCGACGACAUCUAUAAUAAUUAUUCGUUUAGUUUGGCCGAAAGUCGAAUGAAUAUCACGUCAAUGGAACAAGUCCAACAACUAACAAUACCUGAUAAGAUUGUCUGGAAUAAUCUGUCGAUAAAUCUUGAUCUAGAAGAUGUCUCGGUUCUGUUGAAUUCUCGAUCCGACGACCGUCAGCAUGAGGAUCAGCCUCUGGCUUGCAUAAACUUCAUCAAAUCUUGGCUGAAAAUUGACUCGUACAGCGAUGCAUCUCAAGACAUCGACUUGGUGUCGCAGGAAAUUCUAAUCACCGACUCUCGCUUUCAGCGAAGCAGUCGGGAAGCACCGAAGAAUGUUUUCACCAACAUCUUGCAGCCGAUUCGGGCGGAAGUGGGGUCGAAUAUCGUGCAGGCAGAAGUGCACAGUCGUCAGAGGAAGGACCAUUCGAAGUUUACGAUUCUGCUGAACAAUAUGAGAGUGAUGGCAAUCCUCGAUUGGAUCGAGAAUCUUCAGGACUACCUCAGUCAAGAUGCAGAUCCUCCAUCGGGGGCGAUUAUGCGAAUGAAAAACACUGGAGCCUCCAUGAGCUCAAGCACGUUGGACGAAACAGAUAAAAUUCCCAUGGAAGUGAUUCUUAACAUCACCGAUUCGGAGUUGGUUUUCGUGGAGAAGACAGACCAAUACGACACCAAUGCGAUCAUCCUCAAGAGCACAACGGUGUUCUCGUUCAAACCCAUGGAUCUCAUUCGACCUAUUUCGGUGAAUCUGAAUCAUCUGGAAGUGUUCUCGUGCAUGUUGGGCUUUGAGAAUGAAACCGCUCUGUCGAUCAUCGAUCCAAUUACCGUUAAUUUGGAUUUGAGAGAGAACACCAUCGAUAUCCAGAUCCAGAAGCAAUUGUGCAUCCGGUUGUCGUAUCACGAUGUAAAGAUGUUUAUUCGAAUGAUAGAGUCCCUGCCAAAGCAAACUCGAACCGCACAAAAGAAACGCACAGCACUCCAUCGGGAAUCGGUUUACAGUCUGCCAGAUGCCGAGUUGAUAGCUCCUCUCAUGGCCAUGGGAUUCAAGCGGGCCGAUUGCAUUAGGGCUUUAGAAAUGUGCAAGAAUCAGCUUAACGAGGCGGCUCUAUGGUUGACCCAACAGAGAGCCACACGACAGCCGACUAUGGAAGUUCAUUCGGUGGUGGUAAAUGCUCAGUGCAUUUCGGUGUGCGUCAUUGAUGAUUGCAUGGACGCUGAUGUUCCUUUGUUGGAACUCUCUCUGUCACAGCUUAAAUUCAACCAGUUGCUGAAUGAAAGACUGGCAUCGUUGACAAGCCAGUAUAAUCCCCUGAGAAUUCCGGUGUUCUGCAGUGGCCAGUUGGAGGCUGUGAUAGCCAGUGACUACUACAAUCGUCACUUGAGUGGUUGGGAGCCGGUGAUUGAGCCAUGGGAAUGCACAGCGAAUUGGAACUACAGCACUGGACAGACGAGCAAUGAGAGCAACCUCCUCAACCUCUCUAUUAUGUCCAAGCAAAUGUUAAAAGUGAACAUCACAACAACUCUUAUCGAGCUGUGGCAGCUUGUGAGAAACAACUGGACACAGGACUAUUAUGAGGGCACCAACAAUGCUAUUGCAACCUCAACCACCAGUGCCAACGAUUGCCCCAUAAACUAUCGACGUCGGGCGCCAUUCGUGCCAUUCUCACUCAAAAAUGACACCGGACAGGUGUUGUCAUUUAAGAUUCUCCUAACUCAACCGGGAGGGAUCACCCGAACUGAGGUCACCAGCCACAAUAUGAUCAGUGAAUGGAUCCAGGUGCAGCCGUAUGAAACUGUUCCCUUUGGUUUUGGUCCACAAACUAAGUUGCGGCAUUUGGACUCGCACAAAUUGAAUUUACAUCAAAUCCUAGUCCAGGUCAAGGGUUGGGCUCAGGUUGGACCGGUGUCCAUUGACCGAGUGGGCAUAUUCUUCCGGCACGCUCUCCAAGAUGAUUCACCCUCGGAGAAAGCCCGCAUUGUAUUCGAUGUAUCACUUGUUGGUUCAGCUCAAAAACUCAUAACUGUUAGGUCGGCUUUGCGAUUGAUCAAUCGACUGGACAACAAGAUCCUCCUUAAACUGGACCAGGAGACGGCGGUAGUGGAACCAAGUAAAUGUUUCAGUGUGCCGCUCAGUCGGGUACGUUCGGAUCUCUUCUUUAUGCCGAUGUUCGAACUGACUCCAGAUGAUGAAAGGAAUGGUAACGCGUUGGAGCGGGUCAAGGACGCUCCAAGGGACUCAAACUUGAAUCACCAGUUAAAUGAGUACUUCUUCCAACAAACACUAACCACGUCAAGGAAUGGCAACAGACACUUUGGUUUGUGUGAUGAGGGAAUCUCGUGGUCGAAGUGCAUCGAGGAUAUCAUUCAGGAGCCUCGAAUUUGUCGGGCCAAUCGGGAUAAGGUAUACAAUGUCGUGACCACAAUUAAACGGGACGGAUAUCCUCAUCGGGAUGGCGUUCCAGGCCACACGAUCAUGCUAAUUCCUCCCCUUAGAAUCACCAACCUCCUCUGCUGUGAUUUGUUGUAUAAGAUCUCCGGCCAGGUGCAGGACAAAACCACCAGUCACACUCAGGGUAGGAUAACAUCAUCGACCACCGCAAAUAUCUACGAAGUUAGUCUGGAGGAAGCCAUCAGUUUGAGCAUCACUUUAGACAAUUACAAAGUAUCUGGGCAGCUAAAGAUACCAGUUGGUCACACGGGGGUAGUCGAGCCGAAAUUGAAACUCCUCGAUAUAAAUAAUCGAGAUCUACAUUUGAGGGCGUCGAUUCAAGCGAUCAAGGGGAAUGGAAUGGAAAUAUUUAUAAGUGCACCUUUCUGGCUGGUGAAUCGCACUGGUCUACCGCUGGUGUUUCGACAAGAAGGUGUGUCCCAGCCAGCUUCGGGACAGUUUGAAGAACACGAAAUGGCUCGCGUAGUGACUCCACUCAUGUUUUCUUUCUCAGAUCCUGAAGCAUCACCGUCUCUGGAGAUUCGUCUGGGCGAGCGUUAUGGCAUUAAUAAUCAAUGGUGCCAGAGUUUCAGUCUUCACAAGGAGAUCAUCUAUCGCCAGCUGAAGGCAGCCAAUUCCAACGAUAGCUUUGCCAUCGGUGUGGAGGUUCGCCGAGGCCGUGGACGCUACUCGAGAACAAGUGUAGUGACGUUUUCUCCUAGGUUCCAGCUUUACAACCGAAGCAGUAGAAAACUACAGUUUGCUCAGAAAUGUCAUGUUACUAAGCCCGUUGAUUUGGAAUCACGAAGUACUUACAUCGAUGCAGUUCCAGGCUGUCAUUUCCCCUUCCAUUGGCCACGAUCCGACCAAGAGCCACUGCUCUGUGUGCGUAUGGCUGAUGUCGAUUGUUGUCACUGGUCGAGUGGUAUUCCCAUCAACGAAGCACAAUCUCUCUACAUAAACAUCCGCAACGACAUGGGGGACAUGCGAUUUCUACGUCUCGAGGUCAUUCUGCAGGGUUCCACGUAUUUCCUGCUCUUCGGCGAUGCUCAUGCUCUCCCGCCACCAAUUCGAUUGGAUAAUUUCUCAGAGGUUCCCAUCAAAUUCUUUCAAUAUGGCUGCAAGCCUGAAUGGAGAACCACAGUUCGUCCGAGUUCCUCUCUGUCUUAUGCCCUUGAUGAUCCUAUUGGACAUCAAUUGCUACAAAUUGAAGCUCCUGGGGGCAAUUCUAUUGAAAUACCUCUUCGAAAUUUAAGCUGUUCCGAGGGAUUGACUUAUUCGAAUUUCAUAUACCUCGCCUUCAAAGGAACCUUUCAAACGCCAUCGGUGUCCGAGCAUCUUUACUUAUCCUCGGAGUUCGACAUAGAGAGCCAGCAUCUGGUGCUGGGUGUGAAGAAUUCUAAGGUGAUCCUGAUGCGAAAACACGCCGGAGAUCGAUCUCAACUGUGGCUAAUGAAUAAGCUAGGGCAAUUGGAGCAUGAGGGCUCGUCCCCACCGAGUGAACCUGGCCGAUCGUCAGCAUACUCGGUGACUCGGAUGGUACUGGACUUAGAGAAGGCUCCGAAUCCAAAUGACUACACUAAUCUCUGUGUAAGAGCCCCUAACACCCAACGACAAACGACACAAACGUGGAAAUUUGAAAAUGGAAGACUGAUGUGCCAUGCAAAUAUGUGUGUCCAGGCCCGUAAUGGAGUUUUUGGUCUUCGGCCUGGAUCCGAUGCUGUUCUGGGACGAAUCGAGUCCGAAACACGAACUCUUAGUGAUGUGCUGGUUCCUAUUGAACAGAACAUAGAAAGACAGAAGCUACGACCAGGUUCUGGUCAGCUAGAUGUAAAAAUUCGCAUGGAUGGACCAAUAAAGACAAUACAAAUAGUAGAUGUAAAAAAUCCCCUCUCAAACUCUCUGACACCAGAUCCGCAAUGGAAGCAUGCGUCGGCUGUGAAAAUCAAAUCGAAUCGUGGCUUCCGGGAGAAGGAUCAAAAAUCACAUUUCGUUGACGAAUUGAGUGUAAAAGUUGAUCUGGAGAAGGGUAUAGGAAUAUCUGUGAUAUCACGACAACCAUGCGAGGAACUGACUUACAUCACUCUACAAAACAUCACAAUCGAAGCUCUAGCCACGCCAUCAGUUCGUUCAAUUGACUUUGGAGUGAAUACGCUGCAAAUUGAUAAUCAACUGCUAGACACUCCAUGUCCCAUUCUAUUGUAUACUAUCAAACCGAAUAUAAGUUCGUCGUCACCUGCCCCAUCGAUGGCCAUCGAAAGUGGGAACCCAAAUGCGUUGACUUUUAAUGCUAGGGUUCUCUCGAGUCCAAAUAAAAACGCUGUGAUUGUGGAAUACUUGAAAUUUGACUUGAGACCGUGUGUAGUUUAUCUGGAGGAGCGGUUGAUUCUAAAGAUGGCUAUGUUCCUGGGUCUGGGCUCGUCACAUCAUUCGGCGACGAGUUUGGCUGAUGAAUCCGAAUAUGAAGCACAACAAGUCGAGAAGAGAAUUCUGGCCUCAAAUGCUAAACGAUACUAUUUUGAAAAUUUACAAAUUCAUUCGACUCACAUACGAUUAAGUGUGAUUACAGCAUCAAAACUGUCUCCACAAUUGAGCGAGAUGAAGAGGAAACUCGGCUUGACCAUGAUCAAGUUCGAGGAUGCUCUCAUAGAAUUCGACUACUUCACCGAUAGACACCAUUUCGAGACGCUGGAAAUGUACAUGAGGGCCAUAAAGUCACACUACAAGAACCAGAUUAAAUGGCAUGCUGCAUACAUUCUGGGAUGCGUGGAUUUCCUCGGCAAUCCUCUGGGUUUUGCAAAUGACCUGUCCGAAGGUGUUUCGGGACUUAUUUUUGAGGGUUCUGUGAAGAGUUUGGUAAAGAACGUGACUCAUGGAAUUUCAAAUUCCACUGCAAAACUCACCGAGACGAUAUCCGAUGGAUUGGGACGUGUAGUGCUCAACGAACAAGACACCGAAACCCGUCAGAGAAUACUCGAGGUCCCAACUGGUUCCAACACAUCUGGAGAGCAUUUAGCUGCGGGUCUGAAGGGUUUGGGUUUCGGACUGCUGGGUGGUGUUACGAGUAUUGUUCGUCACACGUACGAGGGAGCCCAGAACGACGGAUUUCAAGGUUUCAUAAGUGGUUUGGGCAAGGGAAUUGUUGGCACUGUUACAAAGCCCAUUAUAGGUGUUUUGGAUUUGGCCUCAGAAACAGCUUCGGCUGUAAGAGAAACCAGCAAGAGUGCUCAUCGUGUACUGCCUGAGAGAAAACGCCCACCAAGAUGUGUGACCGGAGCACCAGGUGGCCUCCUUCCACCGUACUCAUAUCGACAAGCCAAAGGUCAACAGUAUUUGUAUCUAAUAAAUCGGAGGAAUUUCUCCGAACAAUUAAUGUCGUAUGAACAAGACUUAUGCAACGAUAGAGACGCUAAAUUGAGAUUACUAGUGUCGACGGAAUAUUUACGACUGUUCUCUCGCAAUGAGGAAGAACCUACUGUGAUGUUGGAGUGUCAUUUGGAUGAGGUGCUAUCGUGUCAUCCAGUGACAGCACAAAGUUCGCACAAUUCCAAAGCUAAGCCGCAUUACUACAUAGAAAUAUCAAAGAAUCUAGGACAGAUUGGAAGGCCAAGGGUUCGUUGUCAAUCCGAGGAAAUGGCUGAAAAGGCAGCAAGAUGUAUAAACUACGCGAAAAGUGUGUACGAUGAACGCGAACAUACGCUUAGCUACCAAUCAUCACUUAACGAAAGCUAAAUAAUCAUUUGUUUAUAAAAAUAAAUAUACAUAUAAAUAUAUUUUGUAAAUGUGGGCCUUAAAGCAAUAUACUUGUAUGUAAACAAACAAAAUAAGAAUGAAAAAAAAAAACAUUGUAAAAAGACUCUGUAAAAAUAUUUGUAUUUUUUCUGUUACUAAUUUAUGCUUUAAAAAAAAACACGAAAACUUCUAAUUUUAAAUCAAAAAAUAAAAACAAAGAAACAAUAUUGAUGGGUAAUAUUGAAAAUCGUAUUAAGUUAAAAUAUUAUUUUAGUUUCUAACUAAAUAGCCAAGAUUAUUAAUUGUGUAAAGAAGAAGCAAAUGGAACUUAAAUUCAUAACCAAAGACUGUGUUUUAUUCGAAAGUUAUUAAUUCGACGAUAUUUAAAAAUGUUUUAUGUGUGUUUUUAAUUUGUAUGUCAAUUAAGUUUUUUUUUAUUUAAGUAGAAUAAUAUUGCUUACAAUAAUAAGUACAUACAAUAAUUUUUUAAGCAAUAAAAAGAAUCAUAAUCAUAUAAAAAAACACAUACAUAUAAUAAAAAUAGAAUUAUUCGUUUUAUUGAAGCAAAUGUUUUUUUUUUAAAUAAUGAUACUUUUUUUUGUUCAAAGAAUUUAGAAUAAGUUUAAAUUUUUAGUUUUUCUUAGAUUUCCUUAAAAGCUGUAUUUGAUACAAACAAAAAUUCACUGAACCAAAAACUAAUGUAAAUUAAUAAUUUUGUUUUUGUUUUAUUUUCAUUAUUUAUCUUCGUAUUUAAUUUAACUUUUUUGUAUACAAAAAUUUAAAUAAAUCUUUAUACCCAAAAUGUACUAACGCAGCAAUAAAACUUUUAAA